ACAAAAUGAAAGGGGCUGUGCGCCCUUGGGCUGGUCACCCAGCCUCCCUGUGCCUCAGCGUCCUCAUCUGUACAACGGGGCAUGACGACAGUGUCUACUCCCAGAGCUGCGGUGAGGCUUAGGUGAGCUAAUAAUUGCAAAACGCUCGCACAGGCCCUGACACACGGCGAGUCUCAGCGUGUGGCCAACUCAUCCGGCAGACAUCCCAGCUCCUGCUCUUUGCCUCUGGCUGGUGUCGGGAGGUGCUGAGAACCCGCAGCAGGGCUGGGCCUGCAGCAAGAAGCUCUUAGACUCGCCGGUGGGGAGCUCAGAGAGCAGAGCCCACCAGGGGAGCAUGGGGCCUUCAGACCCUCUCGGACCAUGAACUCUGGCUUCCAGUAGGCCUCAUUUCCCUACCAAAUUUGCAAGCAAAUCUGCACACCUCAUGAUUCUCUUUCCAAAGGGGAAGGCAGCUAAGGGCUGGCCUAGCUCCCAGCUCUGGGCCAGGGGAACAGGGCAGGCAAGGCCAGCGCAGGAGUUAGGCAGAGCCACACUGCCCAGGCAGCAAUGAGGCCUGGACCCCGGGGAGACGUGGCUGUGGCCGCCGAGGUGCUGUGCCCUGUUCCACGCCCUGAGUCCAGAGCCCAGCACCCUGCCUGGGAUGCCAGGGCCCGUCCCCUCACCACUGCCCCUUCCUAGAGGCCCUCGGGCUGCCCCCUUCUUAACACCCCACGCUCAACCAACCUGAUCUCAGAUUCUUCCUUCUCCCACGAGUGCUGAGACUGAAGCCCCUUUGCAGCCCAGUCGGGAGCCAGAGGCAUUUUAACUGAAAGCUUGAAGGGAUGCAGUUCUGAUGGUGGAAGUUCAGGCAUCCUUCUGGCUGAGGGGCCUGCAAUAGAAAUUUAAAAGGUACUUGUGCAAGCAAAGCAAUAGGAGGGAAGAUCUCAGAAGGCAGCCAGGGUACAAGACCACGGGCAGAGAAAAGACCCAGAGGGAGCAGAUACCGGAGUAGGGGGAUGUUUUUAAAUUUGUUUUCUAUUGUGAAGUGUGACUGUAUGGACUAGUUAUUAAUUUUGAAUCAAUGCAUUUUUUAGCUUCUUAUGGAAUUGUGAGUAGUGGGGAAGAUGGCCAGAGCCAAGGCAUGAACAGUGGAGGCGGGGUGUGUUGAGGGAGGCAGGGUGGGGUACCAGGUUCCUGUCUUGGCCCUGCCACGGACUUGCUCUUUGUCCUGGACAGGCCUUUCCAGUCCUGAGUCUGUUUCCCUGUCUUUACAGUGGGAACAACUGGGGACAGAAAUCCUACCUCGUCUGCCUGCUGUCAAGAUGAAAGGAAAUCAUGUCUCAGACAUUUUUAUAGGCCCUUAGAAAUUUCCCAGUGCCUGGCUGUUGUGUGAAUGAAACAGAGCAGCCUGUGUGUGGUGGGAGGAGGCUGUGGGGGCCUGUCUGGGUACAGCCACCCUCCUGCCAUGCUCGAAGAUGACAAGACAAAGUCAUCCGGCAGCUGUGAGGGGCCAAAAGAGUCACAGUAAAAUUUUGGGGUCAGAUUCAGCCCCCCUCCUGUCUUUUCUUACAUGCUGGGCCCCCCAAAAUUACUGAAGUGCAUAAGCCGUGGGUGAUGGCAGAGCCCGGCGGGUUUUCACGCAGCGAGCACACUCCUCAGCCCACAGCCCAGAUCAAGAAAUGGAAUGUCGUUAGCACCCAGCAGCUCCUCACCCUGUCUCAGUCCCCAAGGUGACUGCUACCCUAACUUUGAUCAUCAUCGACUAGUUCUGCCUAUUUUCAAAUUUAUAUAAUAAUAAAUGUUUCCUCGUUCCUAACCAUUUGCUAUCUCUGCUAGUUCUCAUGAUGACCCAGAGUCUCAAAGUAGCUUCUUAUUAUUCUCACUUCACAGGUGAGGAACUCGAGGGAUCUGCAACGACCUGGCGAUGUCCCUGAGACCCCAGGCCAUGUGCAGUGGAAGCAGGAUUCUGACCCAGAUCCUCGGGGCUGGCUGUUUGCAACACCUGCGGCCUUCCUGUCGGCCCAUCCUGGAUUCUGCAGUGAAACCUGGAAGCCCACUAGAGAUUCAGGGACGUUUGCAGGAACGGAUGGUCCCAUUGCCCUAACUGAUCCACAGCUUCCUAUCCGAGGUCUAUCCUAGGCCUUCUGGGGCUGUGGUCCCCAAGCCCCCAGGCCGCUGACCGGUACCGGCCCAUGGCCUGUUAGGAACUGCACGCACAGCAGGAGGCGAGGGAGCAAAGUUUCAUCUGUAUUGACAGCUGCUCCCAUCCCCGCCUGAGCUCACCUGUGUCAGACCAGUGGUGGCAUUAGACCCUCACAGGAGCACAAACCCCACUGUAAACUUCACAUGGAGGGGCUGUGUUGCGGCUCCUGAUGACCUGAGUGGAGCUGGGGCGGCGAUGCUAGCGCUGGGGAGCAGCUGCAGAUACAGAUCAUCCUUACAGAGGUCUGACUGCACAGAGACCAUAAUGUAUCAGUCGCUUGCAGACUCAUCAAAACCCUAUCAGUGAGUGGCAGGUGACAAUUAAGCUGCAUCUGCUGGCAGCUUUAUGUCAGAAUAAGACACUUAUUUCAGUCUGGCCCACUCAUUCUUGUAUUUACCACUUCUGUCUGCGCCUCUUUCCCGCACUGCGCACUUGUCUCAGUCACAGAGUUGGCACAAGCUAACCCUAGCAAAAACGAGUAAAAACCAAACGUCGCUGGAGAGCUUCUUUGAAAAGGGGGAAAGAACCAAUGAUGAGACAGCAGAAGACUCUCAGACUGCUGACAAAAUGAAAGCUGCAUCUAAAAGAAAAUAUCAAGAGUCCUGCUUAAAUUACAGGGUCAUUGCAACAGGUGACUGACAUUCUCCAAGCCCACUUUGUAUAAUAUCUGGCAACCAGCUACCCAACAAAGCCAUGAAACCUUCACAACUGCUCUGCCGCAUGAAGACCAAGCACCCUGCAUUAAAAGAAAAGCUGUAGAGUUUUUCAAAAGAAAAAAAAAGUGAUCACGAAGCACAGAAGCAGUUGAAGGGCAGCACUUCAUCAAGUGUGUCCUCACCGGGAGCACCCUUCCCCGUGGCUGCACGUGGCUGAAGCAAGGAGCCCUUCCCCACUGGGAGCAGUCGGCCCUGCCGCCGCCAAGGACACUUGCGGUGAACUUUGGUAGAGGCUGCACGCGUUCCUCUUUCAGUGGCCCCAUAACUAGACGAAUUGAUGAAAUAGCAGCGGGUAUUGAGGCACAGUUGUCAGAGAGGAUUAAUGAGUCACCGUGGUACACGAUCCAGGUUGGCCAAUGUCAACAACAGGCAACAAUGCUUGCUUUUGUGCAGUACAUUUUUCAUUAGAAUUGCAUGAGGAUAUGUUAUGUGCACUUUUGUUGCCAACCAGCACCACGGCUGCAGAACUGUUCAAGUCUGUGAAAGGUCACACGUCAGGAAAACUGAGUUGGUCAUUUUGUGUCGGUACAUGCACAGACGGAGCGGCUGCCAUGACUGCCGGCGUCUGGCUUCACUGCUCGGGUCAAGGAGGUCCUCCUGAGUGUGAGUCUGUGCACUGUGUGGAGAGAUGCGGCUAGCCGGAAAACGUCACCUGAACCAGACAGCGUUUCGCAGGAUGUGACUGAAAUUAUCAGCCACGUUAAAGGGCGUGCCUGAACUCACAUCUGUUCACGCAGCGCUGCGAGGAGAGCACCUACGUCUUCUCUUAUUCAUGGAAGUGAGACGGCUUUCUAGAGGGGGAUCACUGGCUAGAGUUUUUGAGCUACGAGAGCAGCUCCAGCAAUUUCUUUUACUGCCAACAGUCACCACCGGCGGCACAUUUCAGUGACACAAAAAAGGUCGAAAAACUUGAUUACUUGUGUGACAUAUUCAAGCUGCUCAACAAACUCAGUCUGUCGCUUCGGGGGAGAAUGACAGCUGUGUUCAAGUCGGCAGAUAGCAUGGCUGCAUUCAGAGCCAAGCUGGAAUCAUGGGGGCCACGACUGAACAUUGGGACUUUGACGUGUUUUAGACGUUAGCAGAGAUUGUGAAAGAGCCAGGUGCAUCUCCCAGCUGCAUGAUGGCCUGUUCCAGCUUUCCAGAGAGUCUGAGCAUUACUUCCCAGCCACAGAAGACCCCGAACUGGGAAGGAACGGAUCCGUGACCGAUUUGUGAGUAAGCCAGGCGUAUCAACCUUGCCUGUGCUAGGUAGAAGAGGAUCAGCUGCUUGAAACUGCAAAUGAUGGUGCCUUAAAAGUAUGUUUGAGACAACUCUAAACCUCCGUGCGUUCUGGAUAAAGUGAAGGUGGACUAUCCUGAGACUGCCACAAAAGAACUGAAGAGCCUGCUUCCAUUUCCAACAGCCUAUCUUUGUGAAGCAGGGUUUUCUGCAGUGACAGCCGCCAAACUGAGAUUAGGGAGUAGACAGGACAUAAGCAACACACUUCGGCUGUCACUGUCCUUCAUCACCCCAUCUAGUUGCAGGAAAAUAAGCUCAGGGCUCCCACUGAAUCUGCACUGUGGCGAGUUGUAUGAUUAUUUCAUUAGACAUCACAAUGUGAUAAUAGUAGAACUAAAGUGCACAAUAAAUGUAAUGCACUUGAAUCGUCCCCAAACCUUCCCCUCCACCCCCGGUCUGUGGCAAAUUUGUCUUUCAUGAAACCAGUCCCUGGUGCCAAAAAAGUUGGGGACGGCUGCUCUUGGGGCCCACCUGCUCCAGAGCCCCCCUCUGUUGCCGCCACACGAACUUCUGGCUCUUCUUCGGAAUCUGCACAAAGUCCUGCCGGUAGUCUUGCGUUCCCUCUGCUGAUGGCACCUGUGUCCCCAGGCCCCUGCUUGGCUUCCUCUUCCGUUGUUCCCUGACCCUCUGGGCAAGGCUGAGCCAACCCCAGCCCUCUAUCCGAAUGAUGCCCCCAUGUGCCGUCUUUCUCCUCUCCCUUUUCCUUGGAGUGUUUAUUACGACGGACGCUCUAGUCCACACGUGUAUGUGUUUGCUGUCUUCUCCCUCCCUGGAAUGUGUGCACCAUGCGGGCAAAGUCACUGCUGCAGGCCCAGGGCCGGAGUCACACGGCCCUCGGCAGGCACCCAAUGCCUCUUGAGUGUCGGGGGCAUCAGUCCGCAUGGAACAUCUCCCCCAAACACAAACAGCCUCCAUGAGGGAAGGCUGCAUAGACUCUAAACCCACCGCUUUGCUGGCGGACGGUGUUGUGGGCGUUAGCCAGGAUCUGGUCUCAGCUGACAAAGUCGUGUGUGGGGGGAAGAGGCCAAACCCAGCGAGGCAGCUCCACUGCUGGUGGGAAGCCAGGGCCCUCCCCUGCCCUCUCAGGCCACUGUGGCGACCCUCCCCCCAUCUCCCGCCAGCCAAGGUGCCCGGCCCAAAGUGGCAGAGAGGGAGCAGCCCAGCCCGGAGGUGACAGCGAGGCUGUGUGCCGGGCAGCGGGGUGGGGCCUGGGCUCAGGCAAAUGAGCCGAGCACACACAUAUAGAGGCCGCUGCUCCCCACCCAGUGCUGGCGGGAUGGAGGGCAGCCUCAGGCCGACCGGCCCGGGGAGGGGGCCCGCGAGGGUGGGGGACAGCCUCGGCCUGGCGGAGCUGCAGGAGCUGGCCCUGGCGUGGUUCAUGGAGACUCAGGCCCCCUUCAUCCUGCAGGAUGGCGCGCUGCCCGCCUGGUUCCAUGGAUUCAUCACCCGCAAGCAGACGGAGCAGCUGCUCAGGGACAAAGCUCUUGGUUCCUUCCUCAUCCGCCUCAGUGACCGGGCUGUUGGCUACAUCUUGUCCUACAGGGGACGUGACCGCUGCCGGCACUUCGUCAUCAACCAGCUCCCAAACCGGCGCUACUUCCUCUCGGGGGACACCUGUGCCCACGGCUCUCUGGCCGAGCUCGUGUGCCACUACCAGGAGACGCGGCUGGAGCCCUUCGGGGAGACGCUGGCUGCCGCCUGCCCCCGGCCAGAGGACGACAAUCUCUAUGACGCCAUCACGCUGGGCCUCCACCAGACCAGGCUGGGCCUGGAAAACCCGCCCGCCACGGCGCCCCCUGCAGGGGUCUCGGACAGGGCCGCUGGCCCCCACUGCUCUGCAAAGCCCCAGGUCUCCUUUGUCCACGCACGGAGGGGCCUGGACGUGAACCCCUGGAACUCUGAGGAGCACCGUGUGGAGGCCCCCAUGGUAGUGCCCCCCCUCCCAGAGAGGAAGGCCUCCCUCUUGGACACGUCUCUCCAAGGCUCCGGUGACAUCGUCUACGCAGAGCUGAGGAAGACGAAGCAGGCGCGGCCAGACCUGGGCACAGAGGUGUCCGGCACGCACGGGCCCGUUCCAGCUGGCGGCCGGGCCUGCUCCCCAGGCAGGGAGGCCCAGAGGCGACUCUCAGAUGGAGACCAGAAUAGGCCUGAUGGCCCAGGGCCUGUCCUCUCUGGAGUGAGCCCAGACCGGAGCCCUCCUGGGUCUCCCAGUUCCCGGGGGUUCCUUGAGCCCCCCAGUUCUGAUGCCCUGGGACCCCCGACUGUUGCCUGGAGGCAGGGGUUUCUGAAGCAGAGCCAAGGGGCUCAGCCCUGCCCCCAGAGCAGCUUUGCAGAGGCCUAUGAACUGGUCAGGACAGCAGGCCGCCUCCCAGAGGCCGGCAGCACGCCAGACCAAGGAGGCAGCACCUAUGAGCAGAUCCCAGUCUGCUGGGGGGCCCCAACCAGGCCCCCACAUCCUGGGUCCAGUCCCACAUAUAGCGAACUGUCGGAGCCCACCGACUGUGGCUACGAGAGGAUCUCGGGGACCGCAGGGCUCCCAGAGCCUGGGAACACUUAUGAGCAGAUCCCGGUGGCCAAGAGCAAGGACCCUACACGGACACAAAAGCCUGACAAGCUCCGGAGGCUCUUCUUCACAGACAGGAAGCACAAAUUCUGAGGAGGGCCCGGUAUCUAGCAGCCUGCCAGUGGGUUUCCUGGCACCCAGGCCAUGGCAGGGUUACUGCGAAGCCCGAAGGCACCCCUGGACCCUCAGCCAACCAGCCUGCCACGGAGCCAGGCUGAGAUGCAGCCCCGGCGCCUGCCUGGAGGUGGCCUUCCAACCGCCUGCUUCUCCUGGCUGUGUCCUGCUUCCCUGGUGCCUCCCAUCCGUGCAGAUGAGGAAAUCAAGGCCGGAGAGGAGUGGGGACCAGCCGAGGGCAGGGGUCAGCACCCCAUUUCCCAGAUGAGCACGCUGAGGCCCAGGCUGACU